AUGUAUAACAAAAUGUGGCAUCAGACCCACGAAGCCCUCAAUUCUUUGCUUGAUAAAGAGUCUCAGAAGACGGUAGAACCACCCAGAAAUGAAGUGUUCAUCUUCCAGAUGUUAGCCACCUUCUACAUAAAAUACGUGCAGAUCUUUAGGGACCUGGAGAGUGUCUACGACCAGAUUGUUCACCCGCAGAAGCGAAUCUUGAUCCGGAAGAUCCUGGAUGGGGUGAUGGGCCGCAUCCUGGAGCUGAAGAACGAGAUGGUGGAACUGGAAUUAGCUGAGUUUCAUUAUUUUGACGAUAUCUUACAGGACCUAAAGCUGACUCCCCAACAAUUGGAUAUUCCCAUACCCAAGUAUUUUUUGAAGGAGAAGUUGGACGUCAUAAGAGAAAGAGAGAAAAUCCUUGCGCAGAUACUGGCCAACACCGGAUCCAGCAUCCCCGAACAGAAAUCCCCGGUCAGGAGUAUGGCCCUGGAAGAGGCCGUGAAAGUAAUCCAGACCGCGGAGAGGGCGCGGCAAGGCCGCCUGAGGGCGCUGUUCAUGAAGCAGAUCUUCCUUCAAGAAUUCAGAGCCAGGCAAGCCCGGCUCCUUGGCGAGAAAGUAGCGGAUGUGGGCGCAGCUGCCGUGCGUAUCCAGAAGGUUUGGCGAGGUUUCCAUCAAAGUAGGAAAGUCGAAAAGGAGAGAGAAGAGGAGAUGGUGUUCCUGGGGAUGAACCCGCCUCCCCUGUUUAAUGAGGUCAGUGCUGCAGUAACCCAGGCUGACAGGGUGGCCUGCCUGCGGGACAAGGUGCAGAGCAAGCAUGAGGAGGACUACAGAGAAGCCCUGGUCACCAUCAAGGACGACCUGAAAUUGACACAAGGUCCGGACAUCAAGGAGAACCUGCAAGACCAGAUCCGGCGCUGGUUCAUCGAAUGCAGGAACUUAACCGGCACCUUUCCCGACUACCCUACGGCAGAAGAAGGCGGUUCCACUGUCCUUUUUUCAAACAAGACCCCACAACAGGUUAUUGAUGAUAUUAUUGCGAGUCAAGAAGAAGAGGAAAAAAACAAAAAGAAGAAAAAUAAGAAACAGGAGAAGAAAGCCAAAACACCUAAGGAAAAGAAAGAAACCAAAGAAAAAGAUAAGGAAGAAGAUGAAGCGUGGAAAAUGUCACCGAGUGUUUUUCUUCCUACGAUGGAGGAAGGAAAUAACGUGUACAAAGACAUGUGGAAGAACAGAGACGAGUCCUGGAAUUUCUCCCAGGACUACGACCCGGGAAUGAUCAAAGAGGAGAAGUGGAAGGAGCUGGAGUCGGAGACCCGGGUACAGGUUGAUGAGCUGAUGAGACAGGAACUAAAAAACUUAAAACUCGCUGUGAGCAGAGAAAAGGAACUUCCGGCCAAAACAAAAAAGAACAAAGGAGGUAAAAAUAAAAGGAAGAAAGGCAGGAAAGGGAAGAAGGAAAAAGACCUGACAGCUGACAGAACCAUCGAAUCCCUGUACAAGGAGCUGGUGGAGGAGGGGCUGCUGGUCCAGGCCCCGAAGGUCAAGCUUUCGGAUUACAUCGGGGAGUACAGCUACCUGGGGACCACUCUCCGCCAGGUGUCCGUGGAGCCCAUGCCUUCCCUCCUGGAUGUGCGGCAGCUCGUCGCCCUGUAUGGCAUCCUGCCCCUAGGUUCCGCCGAGGUGCACGAGAAGGCACCCCUGGUGAAGUCCCUGCUGCUGGCCGGGCCAUCAGGGGUCGGGAAGAAAAUGCUGGUCCACGCCAUCUGCAGUGAGACAGGAGCCAACCUCUUCAACUUGUCCGCAGAUAACAUCGCCGGCAAGUACCCCGGCAAGAGCGGCCUGCAGAUGAUGGUGCACAUGGUCCUCAAGGUGGCCCGACAGCUCCAGCCGUCCGUGGUGUGGAUCGGAGACACGGAGAAAACCUUCUACAGAAAAGUCCCCAACGCCGAGAGGAUGAUGGAACCAAAACGCCUGAAAAACCAGCUUCCCAAAAUCCUGAAACUCCUGAAACCGAACGACAGGGUUCUGAUCGUGGGGACCACCCGCCGCCCUUUUGAUGCCGAACUUCAGUCGUUCUGCAGAGUUUACCAAAAAAUCAUCUUGGUUCCCAGACCAGACUACGCGUCCAGAUACGUUUUGUGGAGACAGAUCAUUCAGUGCUGCGGAGGCGUCAUCACGAACACCCUGAACGUAAGCUGCCUGGCCAAGGUCAGCGACGGCUUCACGCAGGGGCACAUCAUCCAGGCGGCGAGAGGCGUGCUCACAGACCGGCGAACCCGGCAGCAGGCACGCAGGCCGCUCAUCGCCCUGGAGUUUGUGGCGGCCCUGAGCAGCCUCAAUCCCGUCUACCAGGAGGAGGAGGACAGCUUCAAGAACUGGUAUGCCAAAACCCCUCUGGGUAAAAAGCGCGCCUUGGCCCUGCUGGGAAGAAACACAGCGAAGGCCAAGGACAAAGGAAAGAGGGGAAAGAAAGAGCAAAAGGCGAAGAAGAAGAGGUAG